AUGCGCCAAGCGGGUUGCAAAGCGGAAGGCACAAAACGCUGUGCGCGGACAAAACAAAAGCUGCAGUGGAGCUCACGUAUCAAAGUAGAACCGUCAUCACAACUGGGGUUGGAAUCUCCUCAAUCGAGGCGCGCGCGUUUUGUUUGCAAAGCGAUGGAGGGCGACCUGGACGAGACUGUGGAGCGCUGCGCUUCCCUGCUGACGUCAGAAAGUGACGGGAUCCGGGCCGGUUGGAGCCUGCUGAUAGGCCUUCUUCAAGGUGGAGAUGAGAAUCGGCUGAGAUUCGCCAGGGUCGCCCAAGAGAUAGCGGCAUGUAACGGGGGCGCCGUACUUAGGCGGCUCUUGUGGCUGACGCUCGGGCGACUAUACCGGAUUGAGCUCGAUACUGAAGGUCGCCAACACUUCCUCGCAUCUAGUUACACGCUGUCGCUUGGGAUGCUGACGUCGAGCAAGGUGGUAGUGAAGCGCUGCUUGAGAGAGGGACUCCGGCCGGGAGGGGAGGAGAACAAAUUCCGGCCGGAAGAGGAUGAUGAAACCGGAACAAAGCGGGGGGAGAAGGACAACGGAGGAGGACCGGAAGAGAAACGGAACGGAAGAGGGCCAGAAGAGAAGGAGAACGCGCGGCAGAUCUACGCGCACCUUUUGCGGCACGUCGCGCACUUCUGCAAGAUCGUGCGCCUCUCGGGGGGCCUUUGGAACUCUUCCACCUUAAAACGUUUGUCCACUUUGGUCGUGGCCGGUUCUCUGGAAUGCCUGGCCAACUUUGCGCGGGCUUCGAAAGCAUUCCGGGACGCUAUUCGCGACGCAGCGGAAGAGCCGAACAUGUUCGAGCAACUUACGGACCUGCUGCGCUCGGAGUGCGUGGCACAAAUGUCCUCUGAUAUUGUCCGGAAGAUCCGGCUCGCUUUGGCGGGUCUAGCAGUCUCGCUCGCGUCUUCUGCGGACAGUCAAUUUUGGGCAAUCGACCGGGGUCUCCUAAAGCUGAUCGCAACCAUCUACGAAGCGUCCCCCGUGCGAGAGUUGGCCAAACUGUCCAAGCGGGCGGCGUCUCCGGCGUACCGCUGCAACAUCGCCCUGUUCCGCUUGCUUUCCGUGGACACUCUAGCGGAAAAGCUGCGCGCGCACAACGUGCUCGAAGGUUUCCGCCCUCACAAGCGGACGAUCAACAGCGCGGAACCGGAGUCCCACCCCUGGGCGUACUUCGAAGGCAGGUUGCAAGGUCUGGAGAUGCCCCUGAGACGCGAGCUUUCCGCCGCGGAUUGGAAGCUCGCGGAAGAACAGCUCAGCGGAAGGUACUUGGUCCCGGUUGUAUGCUCGUGGAGGCUGUGCGCGGCCGGCCGCGAGCCCGUCAUUGGGAAGGGGUUUAGCAAAUGCGGGCGCUGCCAGGUGGCACGCUACUGCAGCAAGGAGCAUCAGAAGCUGCACUGGGAGACCCAUAAGAAACAUUGCAAGGCACCUCAGGCAAAGAAAGACGUGACGAAGACAGAAUGA